GUCCGCGCGGCCCGGCGGCAGCGGCUCCCCGCGGCGGUGGGGCGGGUCCCGGGCUCCAGCCUGAGCCCCUUCCACCCAGGGACCGUGCUGAAGAUGUAACACGCAGAACCAUGUUGACAGCGGGCUGUUUUUCCACACCACCACCCUCUCCCCGCCCCUUCUCUCCUCCCCACGGGCAACCAGGACCAGAGUAGCUGAGUGAAUUGCCUGAGCUGACACAGGAAACUACAGCACGAUCCCCAUGUCAGCAGUGUUUGAACACAGCCUGAUUAUUUCAGAAAGGUGUCUGCCGUGAGGAGCAUGUCCCUUCAGAAGCGAUUUCCAGCCCAGUCCAGCGAGCCCACAGCGGUGGACGCACAGCCCAUGGCCGCCGUGGGAAGUGUGAAGGUGCUACUGCACUGGGUCGGCCCCGCAGGUGGGGAGCCCUGGGUCACCUUCAACGAUUCCCUGCUGACUGCAGAGGAGAUCUGUGUUCAGAUUGCACACAAAAUUGGCAUCACUCCGCCCUGUUUCAAUCUCUUUGCCCUCUUCGAUGCCCAGGCCGGAGUCUGGCUGCCCCCAAACCACACCCUGGACAUGUCCAGAGACACAAAUAUGACGCUGUUAUUCCGAAUGAGGUUUUAUUUCCGCAACUGGCAUGGCCUGAACUCUCAGGAGCCUGCUGUAUACCGCUGCGGAUUCCCAGGGGUUGAAGCACCCUCAGAACGGGCAGAGCAGGGGGUGCAGCUCUUGGACUCAGCCUCAUUUGAGUACCUCUUUGAGCAGGGCAAGCAUGAGUUUGUGAAUGAUGUCGUCUGCCUAUGGGAGCUGACUAGUGAGGAAGAGAUACACCACUUUAAAAACGAAAGCCUUGGCAUGGCCUUCCUGCACCUCUGCCAUCUCUCUCUCUGCCGUGGUGUCCCUCUGGAGGACGUAGCCAAGGAGAUCAGCUUCAAGGACUGCAUCCCGCGCUCCUUCCGCCAGCAGAUCCGCCAGCACAACGCGCUGACGCGCCUGCGCCUGCGCAGUGUGUUCCGCCGCUUCGUGCGCGCCUUCCAGCCGCGCCAGCUGUCGGCGCACGCCGUCAUGGUCAAGUACCUGGCCACGCUGGAGCGCCUGGCGCCGCGCUUCGGCGCCGAGCGCCUGCCCGCCCGCCAGCUGCAGCUGCAGGCCCAGGCCCCGGGGCCGCCCUGCUACACCCAGGACGCCCGGCCGGGCCCCGAGGACCCCGGCCCCGACUCAGCCCUCCCCCCCGGGCCCCCCACGCACGAGGUGCAGGUGACCGGCACGGGGGGCAUCCAGUGGCGGCCGGUGCAGGCCGAGGGGCUGGGUUCCCAGGAUCCCCAGGGCGGCAAUGGCGGCAGCAGGAACCCCCAGGCCCGCCCGUCCCGGAAGAAAGGCAAGGCCCACCCGGCAGGACAGCAGGUGGUGGGCAGGCCCUGGGAGUCGCCCUGGACCUACUUCUGUGAUUUCCAAGACAUCUCCCACGUGGUGCUGACAGACAGCCGCGUCAGCAUCCGCCGGCAGGACAACCAGUGCCUGGAGUUCAGCCUGCUUUCUCGGGCCAGCGCCUUGUCUUUCGUGGCGCUGGUGGACGGCUACUUCCGCCUGACGGCCGACUCCAGCCACUACCUGUGCCACGAGGUGGCGCCGCCCCGGCUGGUGAUGAGCAUCCAGGAUGGCAUCCACGGACCCCUGCUGGAUCCGUUUGUGCAAGCGAAGCUGCGGCCGGAAGACGGGCUGUACCUCAUUCAUUGGAGCACUAACCAUCUGUACCGCCUCAUCCUCACAGUGGCCCAGCGUGACUCGGCACCCGGGGUGCGGGGCUUGCGCCUCCGGAAGUUCCCCAUCCUGCAAGAGGCCGGGGCCUUUGUGCUGGAGGGUUGGGGCCGCUCCUUUGCCAGCAUCAGGGAGCUGCGGGUGGCUUUGCAGGGCUGUGCCCUGCGGGCUGGCGAGGACUGCUUCCCCCUGCGCCGCUGCUGCCUGCCCCGACCUGGAGAAAUCUCCAACCUCCUCAUCAUGCGGGGGUCGCGGCCCAACAGCCAGCCGCCUAAUCUCAGCCAGCUCAGCUUCCACCGGGUGCAUCAGGAGGAGAUCACCCAGCUCUCCCACCUGGGCCAGGGUACAAGAACGAACGUGUACGAGGGCCUCCUACGUGUGGGGGUCCCGGAGGAGGAGGAGGAGGAGGACAAAGUGGACAGUGGGAUCUCUCUGGAGCCAUGUGGAGGCCGUGGGCAGGAGCUACGCGUGGUGCUUAAAGUCCUGGACCCCAGUCACCAUGACAUCGCCCUGGCCUUCUACGAGACUGCCAGCCUCAUGAGCCAGGUCUCCCAUGUACACCUGGCCUUCGUGCAUGGCGUGUGUGUGCGUGGCUCCGAGAACAUCAUGGUGACAGAGUACGUGGAACACGGGCCCCUGGAUGUGUGGCUGCGGAGAGAGCGGGGCCACGUGCCCAUGGCCUGGAAGGUGGCGGUGACCCAGCAGCUGGCCAGUGCCCUCAGCUACCUGGAAGACAAGAGCCUGGUUCACGGUAAUGUGUGUGGCCGAAACAUCUUACUAGCCAGGCCGGGGCUGGCAGAGGACACCAGCCCAUUCAUCAAGUUGAGUGACCCCGGCGUGGGCCUGGGGGCGCUCUCCAGAGAGGAGCGCGUUGAGCGCAUACCCUGGACGGCUCCCGAGUGCCUGACCGGCGGAGCCAACAGCCUGAGCACCGCGGCGGACAAGUGGGGCUUUGGCGCCACCCUGCUUGAGAUCUGCUUUGAUGGGGAAGCCCCCCUCCAGGGCCGCGGCCCCUCUGAGAAAGAGCGUUUCUACCAGAAGCAACACCAGCUACCCGAGCCCUCGUGCCCUGAGCUGGCCACACUCACCAGCCAGUGCCUGACCUAUGAACCUGCCCAGCGGCCGUCCUUCCGCACCAUUCUGCGCGACCUCACUCGGCUGCAGCCCCACAAUCUAGUGGAUAUCUCUACCAUGAACCCCGACUCCCCGGCCUCGGACCCCACGGUGUUCCACAAGCGAUAUUUGAAAAAGAUUCGGGAUCUGGGCGAGGGGCACUUCGGCAAGGUCAGCCUGUACUGCUACGACCCCACCAACGAUGGCACCGGGGAGAUGGUGGCCGUGAAGGCCCUCAAGGCGGGUUGCGGGCCCCAGCUCCGCUCGGGCUGGCGGCGGGAGAUCGACAUCCUGCGCACGCUCUACCACGAGCACAUCGUCAAGUACAAGGGCUGCUGCGAGGACCCAGGCGAGAAGUCGGUGCAGCUGGUCAUGGAGUACGUACCUCUGGGUAGCCUCCGGGACUACCUGCCCCGGCACAGCGUCGGGCUGGCUCAGCUGCUACUCUUCGCCCAGCAGAUCUGCAAGGGCAUGGCCUACCUGCACACCCAGCACUACAUCCACCGAGAUCUAGCCGCGCGCAACGUGCUGCUGGACAACGACAGGCUGGUCAAGAUCGGGGACUUUGGCCUAGCCAAGGCCGUGCCUGAAGGCCACGAGUACUACCGCGUGCGCGAGGAUGGGGACAGCCCCGUGUUCUGGUACGCCCCAGAGUGCCUGAAGGAAUGCAAGUUCUACUAUGCAUCUGACGUCUGGUCGUUUGGGGUGACACUCUACGAGCUGCUGACACACUGUGACUCCAGCCAGAGCCCUCCUUCGAAAUUCAUCGAGCUCAUCGGCCUCACCCAGGGCCAGAUGACAGUGCUGAGACUCACCGAGUUACUGGAACGAGGAGAGAGGCUGCCGCGGCCCGACAAAUGCCCCAGUGAGGUCUAUCUCCUCAUGAAGAACUGCUGGGAGCUGGAGGCCUCCUUCCGCCCGACCUUCCAGAACCUCAUUCCCAUCCUCAAGAUGGCUCAUGACAAGUACCAGGCCCAGGCCCCUUCGGUGUUCAGUGUGUGCUGAAGCGCGGGGACAGGUCAGCGCCCAGAGCAGCCUCCCGGACCUACAGUCUAGACACCUCCACUUCUGCAAACUUGUUUUUCUGUGUGCCAGUCCUGGGGCUUGAACUCAUGGCUUGGGGGCUGUCCCUGAGUUUUUUUUUGUUUUGUUUUGUUUUUC